GAAACGCAUGAAAAGGAAGUCGACCAUAUUCUUUUCCGUGCAGACCGGCUCCGUGUGAUCCAUGUGCGCGAAUUAAUUAACGAAAAUAUCCCGUUAAGUAAUCGAAGACGCGGCAUCGUUAUAACCUAAAAGGAGAUAAACAGUCUGACAUCGACUUCGAAGUGUUAAAUUAAAAUCCGCAAACAAUCUAUUCAAAAUGAAUUCGGAAAAACUAAAGAGGAUGGAAACACAAGUACGAAUCGGUGGUAAAGGGACACCGAGACGUAAGAAGAAGGUUGUACAUUCAACCCAAGCCACAGAUGACAAAAAAUUACAAUCCUCAUUGAAAAAAUUAGGUGUGAACACGAUUCCUGGUAUUGAAGAGGUUAAUAUGAUGAAGGACGAUGGUACUGUAAUUCAUUUUAAUAAUCCCAAGGCCCAGGCGUCGUUAGCUGCGAAUACUUUUGCUAUCACCGGUCAUGGUGAGACGAAACAAAUUACAGAAAUGUUGCCCGGUAUUUUGAAUCAAUUAGGAUCCGAAGGGAUUAACCAAUUGAAACGGCUGGCUACUUCGGUGGGUAACGUUGGUAGUUUAGGGAAGAUCGUUCCGGAGGACGAAGAAGAUGUACCCGAUUUGGUGGAGAACUUUGAUGAAGCCUCUAAAGAAGAGGUUGCCAAGAAAGAUGAUGAGAAAAAAGAGAACUAAGGUGUUUUAUAAGGGAAUCCCAAUUCAUUAAGUCCCGAAAGUGACUGAAUCAUGUCAAAACAUAACAAAAAAAUGGAUGGAGUCCGUUUAUUUUAAAUCUCUUCACAUUAUUAUUAUUAUUAUUAAGAAGGAUGUUUUUUGAGUUGUUGUUUUCUUGCUGCGCAACUCCGAACAACCAAAAAUUAAAAAAAAUAACGUUUUUUCGAAGGUUUUUUUUUUUGUUAACAUUUAGACGAUGUAUAGGCUAUUUCAUAGGAAAUACAAUAUUCUAAUUACAAAACUUUAAUAUAA